AAUUUCCUUGCAAUGACUCAAAAGUGUUCUUUAUAUAAAUCAGUGCGACGAUUCAGAAAUAAACCCGUUUCAACAGAAGAAGAGAAUUUUCCUAUAGCCAUGUCCAUUUUGAUACACAACAAUCUUGAACAAUUCGAAAGACUUUUGAAAUCUUUGUAUCACCCACAAAAUGUUUACUGUGUACAUAUUGAUGAGAAAGCUAGCCCCCUUUUUAAGGCAGCCACCAAAGCAAUUGUAAAUUGUUUUAACAACGUUUUUCUUGUGUCGAAAGCCAUAAACGUAGUGUAUGCAUCAUUUUCAAGACUACAGGCGGACUGGAACUGUUUGUCUGAUCUUCGGAAACAUUUCGUUAAAUGGAGGUACCACAUUAACCUAGCUGGGUCUGAAUUUCCCUUGGUGUCAAAUCCAGAACUUGUGAAGAUUCUUAAACUUAUGAACGGUUCGAAUGAUAUACGCGAGCGAUAUUCUCAAAGAAUAACCUCAAGAUUUUCUCAUAAAUAUGUCGUAACUAAUGGAACCAUUCAUAAAAGCAAAGAAAAGCUUUUGCCCCCACCGUAUAAUUUGACCAUUAUCAAAGGUCUUGCGUACAAUACAAUUAGCAGAGAAUUUGUGGAAUACAUCUUUACUAACAAAGCGGUACAGAAACUUUUCAAUUGGAGUAAAGACACAUACAGUCCGGAUGAACAUUUUUGGUCUACAGUUAAUGAUUUGUACCACAAUAUUUUAUUGAAAAGCCCGGGAGGUUUUAAAGGUCAUCCGGACGACAAAAACUAUUUUAGCCGAUACAUAAACUGGAUCACAUCAUUAGAUCGAUGCCAUGGAAAUUAUACUCAUAAUAUUUGCGUAUUUACGUAUGGUGAUUUGUGGUACCUUCAACUGAAGCACCAAUUAAUAGCCAACAAAUUUGACAUACGAAUAGAUUCCUUAGUAUUUUCAUGCAUGGAGGAACUUGUUCAAAACAGAACUGAACAUCCACGGAAAUUAAACCCUAAGCAUUACAGGCUAGGCAAAUAG